UCGGUUUUGAGUUGUUAGAUCAACAAGGAACUUCUUCAGAGUAACAUCUUGGUGUCACUAGUGGAGGAUUUUUUCUUCUUUCAAGAGUAAGAAUGGGCGAUUAUGAGGUGAUCGUUUUCACUGGCAACGUGUCAAGUGCCUCCACUUUUAACAAAAUCUACAUUAAGUUAGUCGGCACAGAUGGAGAGAGUGAACGCACACACCUGUGGAGCUGUGUGCCAUCUUUCUACAGGGGAGCAGUGUCACAUUUUAUCGUGUCCUGCCAAAAAUCCCUUGGACAUCUAGCACUGAUAGAGCUAGAAAAAGAGAAUCAGACGCUUGUCCCAAACAAGGCUUGGUAUCCUGCUAAGGUGGAUGUGACGUCUCCUGAGGGAGGGAAAUACAGCUUUCCUGUCUACCGCUGGAUCACUGACAGCAAGGUGCAGUCCUUCAGAGAGGGGGCAGCGCUCACAGUAAUUGAAGACAAGCACAGACUUCUUGGUCACUACAGUCGGCAGCAGGAGCUUCUGGAACGACAGGAAGUCUACAGCUGGGACAAGCAGGGAAUCUCCCACCUGAAGGCAGACAGUCUUUUAUCACUCCCCUAUGACAUCCGAUUCUCUUUGACUAAGACUGCAGAGAUGGUCUACAUUGGAGCCACAGGACUGGGAAGGCUGGGACUGAUGGGAAUACUUCAGUCUAACAAGUUUACUUGUAUGGAGGAUAUUAAGCAGCUAUUAAAUGUCCACAAAACUCAAGUAUCAGAAUACGUCUGUAACCACUGGAAGGAAGAUACGUUCUUUGGCUAUCAGUUUCUAAAUGGUACCAAUCCCAUGUUGAUCCAACGCUGUACACAACUGCCUAGUAACUUACCUGUAACGGAUAAAAUGGUUUUCCCUGAUGGUCAGCAUAAUUUGGCAGAAGAAAUAGAGAAGGGUAACAUCUUCCUGUGUGACUACAAGCUUUUGGAUGGAGUGGAGUCAAACACCAUCAAUGGGAACAAACAGUUCUUGACGGCCCCCCUUGUCCUACUCUGGAAAAACAAUGCUGAUCACUUAGUGCCAGUUGCUAUUCAGCUGAAGCAGAAACCAAAAGAGGACAACCCAAUCUUUUAUCCUAGUGAUUCUGAGUAUGACUGGUUGAUUGCCAAGAUGUUUGUGAGAAGUGCAAACUUCAACCUGUAUGAGCUAAAUGCUCACCUGCUGCGCACUCACCUGCUGGCUGAGGUUUUUGCAGUGUCACUGCUGCGCAACCUGCCCAUGGUGCAUCCACUGUACAAGCUUCUCAUACCUCACACUCGCUACACUUUGAACAUCAACUUCUUAGCUCGGAUGCUCCUAAUAUCUAAAGGUGGAACUUUUGCUAAGUUUACAUCUUCUGGUGGAGAGGGUGCCCUCACAAUCCUGAGAAGAUCACUGUCCACACUGACCUACAGCUCCCUCUGUAUCCCAGAUGAUAUUGCGGAACGUGGACUGAAAGAUGUGCCAAACUUCUACUACAGGGAUGAUGGACUCCAGCUUUGGGAAAUCAUCAGCAGGUUUGUGAAGUCAACACUUGCCUUCUACUACAAGACUGAUGCUGAGGUCCAGGAAGAUACAGAACUGCAGAACUGGAUUAAAGAAAUUUUUCAGUAUGGAUUCCUUUCACAGGAAAGCACAGGAAUUCCACAGAAAUUCACCACUGUGGAUGAGAUGGUCAAGUUUGUCACCAUGGUGAUCUUCACUUGCUCUGCCCAGCACUCAGCUGUAAACUCUGGACAGUAUGACUUUGGUGGCUGGAUGCCCAACAGUCCUACUACCAUGGAACUUGCCCCACCAAAAGAAAAGGGGACAACAACUGAGAAAACAAUACUGGAGACAUUUCCCAGUGUUAACACAACAGUGCAUGCCAUGGCCACCGUAUGGCUACUCAGCAAGCAGUCCUCUGAUAGUAUUUUUCUUGGCCAGUACCCAGAGAAACAUUUCACUGAAAGGUUUCCUCUCCUGAAGAUAAAAGAAUUCCAAGAAGAGCUCAAAAAGCUGAGUGCAGACAUCAAAGCCAGAAACUCAAGUUUGGACCUGCCAUACACAUACCUGGAUCCAGAGGUGGUCGAAAACAGUGUGUCCAUUUGAAUACUGAAAUGCAUCUUCUCCUUCAGCUUCAUAUUAAUAUAACGGGGAGGAAACGAGGAAGCAGCGAACGGAUUGUACACAGGGAACGGAGACACGGAGCACAGAGCACGGGCGCAGGGACACGAAGCGGGAGUUUACGGGGAUUUAUUGUUUGCCUUUAAGACACUUUUUCAUCACAAGAGUCCUGCAUUUUGGGUCCUACUUCCCCACAUCCCCAUGGUCUGCCACCCAGACCGUGACAAUCUGAUAAACUCAUGUCUUUAUAUCUUUCACUUUCUA